ACAGGAGGAGUGCCUGAGACAACGGAGCUGCUGACGCAGAGAUUCGACCACAUCCUCUACACCGGGAACACCGCCGUGGGCAAAAUUGUGAUGGCAGCGGCUGCCAAGCACCUGACGCCCGUCACCCUGGAGCUGGGAGGGAAGAGCCCCUGCUACAUCGACAAGGACUGCGACCUGGCCGUCGCCUGCAGGCGGAUAACGUGGGGGAAGUACAUGAACUGUGGGCAAACCUGCAUUGCCCCGGACUACAUCCUGUGCGAGCCGUCCAUCCAGAGCCAGGUGGUGGAGAACAUUAAGGCGACUCUGCAGGAGUUCUAUGGGGAAGAUGUGAAGAAGUCUCCGGAUUAUGAGAGGAUCGUCAACAAGCGCCACUUCAAGAGGAUCGUGAGCCUGCUGGAAGGCCAGAAGAUCGCCCACGGGGGAGAGACGGAUGAGGCCUCCUGCUUUAUAGCACCCACCAUCCUGACGGAUGUUUCUCCGGAGUCCAAGGUGAUGGAGGAGGAGAUCUUUGGCCCGGUGCUCCCGAUUUUGUCAGUGAAGGGCGUGGAUGAAGCCAUUGAGUUCAUCAACAGUCGGGAGAAGCCCCUUGCCCUCUAUGUCUUCUCCAAUGACAAGAAG